AUGACAAAUAAUUAUGAAUAUAUGAAUGAGUCAUCCAUCGAUAUUAGUCUUAAAUGUGUUAUCUGCUCCGAUCCUUACGUAAAUCCUUGUUCGACACCGUGUGAUCAUACUUUUUGCCGAUCAUGCAUUAUAAAAUGGAUCGAAGAAAAUGAUCGAUGUCCUGCAUGUAGAAAAAAACCAAUAACAAUACAAAGUUUGAGAGCAACGGAUCGUAUCGUCUUUGAUAUAGUUGAUCGUCUUCUUGUUCGAUGUAGAGCUUGUCGACAAUCGAACAUUCAGCGAGGCAAUUAUGAUGAACAUUAUAAUAAAUAUUGUUCAAACACAUUUGUCUCUUGCUCAGCUGCAGAUCUCAAAUGUUCUUGGCAAGGACCACGAGAUAAACUCCAAGACCAUUUAACUGUAUGUCAUUAUGAAAUGAUGCGACCACUUCUUGGAAACUUGGUAAACACGGUGAAUACUCUCAAUGAAAAAGUCCAACAAUAUGAAAAUCAAAGCAAAGAACAUGAAAAUCGUAUCAAUUCACUUGAAAGCGAGAAUGCUCGUCUAAAAGAUGAAGUUAAUUUAUUGAAAGGAUUCUGUACAAAGCAAAAUCCUAAUGUUGAUCAUAAUCCUCGUCUUGAAGAAAUACUUUCUCGAUGUCAUUCUUAUUCCACUGUAAUGCUCAAUGAUUUACGAUUAGAUAAUUUUGAUAUACCUUAUAUUAUUCGUAAAGUAUUAAUCGUCAAACAGUGUUCCGUAUUAAAUUUGAGUAAUAACUUAAUUGAGGUGACCGGAUUCGAACUAUUAGCUAAUGCAUUACGAUCGAAUGUUACACUUAAAAGACUUUCUCUUAAGGGUAAUCGAGCUCAACUCAAAGGUGUAGAAUAUUUAGCGACAGCCUUAAUAACCAAUAGCACACUUGAAGUGCUUGAACUGGAGACAAAUAGUAUACCUGAUACGGCUGCUUACUCAUUGGCUGACAUGCUCCGUCGUAAUCAUACAUUAAAAGAUCUUUUUCUCGGUUAUAAUGACAUCGAAAGCCGCGGAAUGGAAAUAAUGGCAAAUGCUCUUGAUCAUAAAUCUACACUUGAAAUACUUAGUUUGGCUGGAAAUAAAUUAAAUGAUAAAUGUAUUGAUGCUCUUCACAGAAUGAUUAAUAUUAAUCAAAAAUUACAACGACUUUAUUUACAUGAAAAUGGACUUUCGUUGGAAGGCAAAACACGAUUAUUGCAUAUUGUUAAUGCUAAGAAAGGUUUUACACUGAAUAUUUGA